AUGGCUUCCAAUCCCCCUGGUGACUGCUGCGCUACUGGCUUCCGGCACGAGGGCACGCCGGCCGGUGAAAUCAAGGAUAUCGAUGGUGUCAAAACCUACAUCUCCUAUCCCAAGGAGAAAACCGACAAGGCGGUGUUCGUCGUCAGCGAUAUCUUCGGCAUCUUCAUCAACGGCCAGCUGGUCGCCGACGAGUUCGCCAAAGCCGGAUACCUGGCUGUCCUACCUGAUCUGUUCCAGGGCGACCAGAUCAAACUCGAAGACCAAGCUGCCGGCAAGGUCAACCUCCCUGUCUGGCUGAAGGACCAUCAGCCCUCCCAUGUCGACCCGGUUAUUGCCUCGACCAUCAAGUACCUGCGUGAGGAACAGGGUAUCAAGCGCAUCGCCGGUGCGGGAUACUGCUUCGGUGCUAAGUACACUGCUCGUUUCCUCAAGGAAGGCCAGCUCGACGUCGGUUACAUGGCCACCCCCUCCUUCGUGACCGAAGAGGAGCUCGCAGCCAUUGGCGGGCCUCUUUCUAUUUCUGCUGCGCAAACCGACCACAUCUUCACCACCGAGCUCCGCCACAAGUCGGAAGACAUCCUGAUCAAGAACGGCCAGUCCUGGCAGAUCAACCUGUACGGCGGUGUUUCGCACGGCUUCGCCAUCCGCACGGACCUGAGCAUCAAGCACAACAAGUUUGCCAAGGAGCAGGCCUUCUACCAGGCCGUUGCGUGGUUCAACCAGUACCUGUAA